UGGAAAGAGGAAAGAAAGGAUUAAUAGGGAUGGACCCUCCACCUGAGCGCUACUUAGAGCCAAUAGAGCGUUACUGGCCCAAGAAGAGAGGGAGACCUCGGGCAGGUGCGGGGUCAGAAUCAUCUUCCAUGAAUAAUGUGCUUGAGCCCAGUGUCAGCAUUAUGGAGGAGAGUGGACCAAUUGAAACGAGUGCUGCCGACAAAGACAUCAGCAGACAACGACGGUCGCUGUCUAUUGCUGAGAGGGAGAUGAUUAUUAGUCUUUUUUUCAAUGAAAAUCGAACCAUAAGAGAGGUCGCAGAUUUCAUGCACUUAGCGAAGUCUACAGUCUCAUCAGUUGUUCAGGUCUUCAAGAAGGAGCACAGAAUCCAACGUAAGACUUCCACAGGACGUAAGAAAAAGCUGUCCGACGAGCAUGAGCACAUGAUCAUGGAUAUCCUCUCCCAAAAGGAGGAUAUCACAAUAGAAGAAACAAGAAAUAGGUUCCUGUCUUUGAAUCCCGAUGUUCCUAAUAUUAGUAAGAGUACAAUUUACAGAAUAAUGGAGAAUUGUCAGUCAAAGCUGAGAGCUAGAUCAGACAUGGAGGUUUUUGUAGGCAUUUUUGUUCAUUCUACUGAAGACAACCCAUUAAUCAUCAUGCCAGGGAUGGUUAUGGGUGUUCUCAACACAAAGAUUGAGUUUAUGGAGAGCUUAGAAGAACUUGAUCACCUCAAAGCAGAGUAUUGUUUUACAGACUCAAACAUUCACUACAUGACUCCAAGCCAGUUUAUGAUGCCUGGGAUGAUAGACACACACAUACAUGCUUCUCAAUUUCCUAACAAUGGAGUGGCUAUGGACUUGCCAUUGCUGGAGUGGUUACAAACGUAUACUUUCCCAACGGAAGCCAACUUUUCUGACACACUCUUUGCAAGAGAAGUCUAUAGUAAAGUUGUGGAACGUCUGUUGAGAAAUGGAACAACAACAGCGGCAUACUUUGGCACAAUCCACUUAGAAGGUUCAAAAAUUCUUGCUGAUGUAGUUCACGACAAAGGUCAGCGUGCACUCAUUGGAAAAGUAAAUAUGAUGAGGAACUGCCCAGAAUAUUACCGGGAGAUGAGUGUUCAGGAAUCGAUAAGAGACACGGAAGAAUUUAUACGCUAUGUUAGAAGUAUCCAGUCCCCACUGGUACAAACCUAUUGUUACACCCCGGUUGCCCCAACUUGCCCUGAGGACCAAUUAGCAUCUCUGGGACAGCUGGCAGCUAAAUAUGGAUGUCAUAUUCAAAGUCACUUGUGUGAGACUCAGCCUGAGUGCAAUUGGGUCAAAGAGCUCUUCCCUUGGGCCAAAUCAUACACUGAUGUUUAUGACAGCAUGAGACUACUUUCUGUCAUGGCACAUUGUAUAUGGCUGACUGAUGACGAGAUAUAUACCUUGCGAGAACGAGGAGUUGUCUCAGGUGUUAUGCUCAUGUGA